UUGGUCAUUUCAUAGAAUUAUACAAUAACGAUGUUCCUAAUAAAUUAGCAUAAAUAGGAAAUGUAAUUUACUUUGCUAAAAUGGUUCAAACACAUAAAUUCUCUUAUAUAAAAUAACUUAAAUGUUAAUAUAGGUGUACAGAAUCGUAUAACCAGUGAUAUAUUUUAUUAUAAAAAUGUCUAUACUACGAACUGUGUUAUUUAAACCUAGUAUUAAUUGUACAAAUCCAAGGAACUCAUUGUUAACGCUUAUAUUAAAACAAAGAAGCAAGUUAUUAAAUGUAGCAAAAAGGAAAUUUAAUUCUAAUGUCAAAGGAUGCAUAGAGGAUAGCAAUACUAAGUUAAAGACUUUUCCAUCCAUUUUAAAAUUUGGUUUUGGUGGUUUGGGUGUAAUAACAACAUGUGUAUUAAAAUCACAUAGUAUGGUUGCAGAAUGUAAAGCAAUUAAAGUUUCAAAGGACAACAAUAAUAAUACCAAGGAAAUAGAGUUUAAAUGGAAAAAGUUUUUACAAUAUUUAUAUCCACAUGUAUGGCAAUUAUUAAUAGCUCUUUCUAGUGCAUUGAUUGUUGCCGUAUUAAAUAUUUGGAUACCACAGUGUGUGGGUGAUGUUAUAAAUGUAUUAACUAAAGUUUGUCAAAAUAAAGGAGAAGAUACUGUGAAACAUGUGCUUUUGCAACUUACAAAGCCUGCAUUUGCAUUGGCACGUAUGUAUAUUGUACAAGCACUUUUUACAUUCGUCUAUAUUUAUACACUUUCUCACGUGGGUGAGAGGAUAGCAAUGAAAUUACGUCAAGAUUUAUUCAAAUCGAUUAUUAUGCAAGACAUCGCGUUUUUUGAUCAAAAUCGCAGCGGCGAAAUAAUCAGUCGAUUAACGAGCGAUAUUCAAGAUUUUAAAAGUACCUUCAAAACCUGCAUAUCACAAGGUUUAAGAAGUACUACACAAAUUAUUGGAUGUAUAGUUUCAGUAGUAAUGAUUUCACCAGAACUAACUGCUGUAAUGGUGUUUUCUAUGCCAACUAUAAUUUUUAUUGGUACAUUGCUUGGAAGAAAUUUACGACAAUUAUCAAUACGGGCCCAAGAUCAAAUUGCUAAAUCUACAGCUGUUUGUGAGGAGGCUAUACAAAAUAUAAGAACGGUAAAGGCUUUUGCAGCAGAAGAGAAAGAAACAGAAAUGUUUUCUAAAGAGGUGGAAUUAGGGUCUAAGUUAUAUGAAAAAUUGGGAUUUGGAAUUGGUAUAUUCCAGGGAGGAACAAAUCUGUUCCUCAAUGGUAUUUUACUUUGUACAUUGUACUUUGGUGGACAUCUAAUGUCUACUGGACAGCUAUCUCCAGGAGAAUUGAUGGCAUUUUUAAUGGCUACACAAACUAUACAACGCUCUCUAUCACAAUUGUCAUUAUUAUUUGGAACCUAUGUUAAGGGUAUUAGUGCUGGGGCGAGAAUUUUCGAGUAUUUGGACAUGCCACCAUCACCAAUGAUGGUUACUGGACAAAUUAUUACAGACCAAUCGCUUGCAGGAAAUAUAACUUUUAAUAAUGUCAAGUUUAGUUAUCCCACUAGGCCCGACCAUAUUGUUUUAAAGAAUUUUAACUUAAACAUUCCAGCUGGAAAAACGGUAGCUAUUGUUGGUGCUAGCGGUAAUGGUAAAUCAACGAUAGCCGCUUUAUUAGAAAGAUUUUACGAUGUUAACGAGGGCUCGAUCAAAAUCGACGGUAAAGAUCUUAGAUCGCUCAAUGCUGGAUACCUUAGAGGUAAUGUUUUAGGAUAUAUAGACCAGGAACCUAUUUUAUUUGCUACAAGCAUUAUGGAAAAUAUAAGGUAUGGGAAACAGGAUGCUACAGACGAAGAUGUAAUUGAAGCAGCAAAAGAAGCAAAUGCACAUGAAUUUAUUGCAAAGUUCCCAAAUAAAUACGAAACACAGGUAGGUGAAAGAGGAGCUCAACUUUCUGGUGGACAAAAACAACGAAUCGCUAUCGCCAGAGCUUUACUCAAAAGACCGUCUAUUUUAAUUUUGGACGAAGCUACAAGUGCAUUAGAUUAUAAAAGUGAAAGAAUUGUUCAAAAAGCACUUGAGGGUGCUACACGGGGCAGGACAGUCUUAGUAAUUGCUCAUAGAUUAAGUACAGUUAAAACUGCUGACAUCAUUGUCGUAUUGCAAAAAGGGGUCAUUGUGGAGAUGGGUACUCAUACAGAGUUAAUAAAGAAAGGGGGUGUGUAUUAUACUUUAGUAAACGAACAAGACAAAGAAAAUACGUAAUGUUAGUAAAAUUUGACGAUAUAGUACAAUUACUGGAAUCAGUAUUUAAAAUGCAUAAUAUUUAUUGUGUAAUAAUAGUACAUAUGGCUAGUGGAGAUUUUCGGGAAUGUGUGUUGGAC